GUAGAAUUUUGAAUCCGGAAAUGUCACACCGCAACAACGAGGGGUUCAGCCAGUUAUUACACGUUUACACGCGAGAGUAAACACGAGUUUAGCGGUUGGGCGAAUUAAACACGCUUUUAACUUGUGCUCAAUAAACACGCUGCUAUGCCAGGCUUAGAUUACAAGUUUCUCGAGCGACCGAGACGCCGCUUUCUGUGUCCUUUGUGCAGCAAGCCGAUGAGGGAGCCAGUGCAGGUGUCCACCUGCGGACACAGGUUUUGCGAUACCUGCCUACAGGAGUUUCUCAGUGCCGGCAUCUUCAAGUGCCCAGAAGAUCAGAUGCCACUCGACUACGCUAAAAUUUUUCCGGAUGUCGAGUUGGAGCAGCAGAUUCUGGCUCUGCCCAUCCGCUGCAUUCACAGUGAGGAGGGUUGCCGCUGGUCAGCACAGAAUAAACAACUACAGGCCCAUCUCUCAGUUUGCCCCUAUAACGUGGUGCCGUGUCCUAACCGCUGCAUGGUGAAACUGUUGAGACGUGAUCUUCCUCAGCACCUGCAGCAUGACUGCGCCAAGAGAAAGCUGCGCUGUGAUCACUGCGCUGAGGAGUUCACUGGGGAAGCACAUGAGAGGCACCAGGACAUGUGUCCAGAGGAGAGUGUGUACUGUGAGAAUAAGUGUGGGGCUCGUAUGGUGCGCCGAUUACUGACCCAGCACAGCGUGUCUGAAUGCCCCAAACGCAAACUGUCCUGCAAAUACUGCAGUAAAGAGUUCCUCUACGACACCAUCCAGCAUCAUCAGAACCAAUGUCCACGCUUCCCAGUGCAGUGCCCGAACAGCUGCGGCACACACGGCAUCGCUCGAGAGGAUUUAAUGAUUCACGUUAAGGAGAACUGUGGGUCAGCCAUGGUGCUCUGUCCGUUUAAAGAUGCCGGCUGCAAAUACAGAUGUUCCAAGCCUGCCGUGUCCCAUCACCUGGACGAAGCCGCCCAAGCUCACCUGUCUUUACUCUGCAGCCUUGUUUCUCGGCAGAGACUCGAGCUGCGGGAGCUGAGGCGUCGCGUCGAGGAACUUUCCGGAACCCAAGACGGCACUUUGCUUUGGAAAAUCCCCAACUAUAGCCGUCACCUCCAGGAAACCAGAAAUUGCUCCACUGGCACUUCAGAGCUCUUCAGCCCCGCUUUCUACUCUCAUCGCUACGGAUACCGUCUCCAAGUGUCCGUCUUUCCUAACGGGAACGGCAGCGGCGAAGGAACGCACCUCUCCGUCUAUAUCAGAGUGCUCCCGGGCGAGUACGACGGCCUGCUGGAGUGGCCGUUCCCUCACCGUGUCACCUUCUCACUGCUGGACCAAAGUGACCCAGCGCUCUCCAAACCUCAACACAUUACCGAGAGCUUUAGCCCAGAUCCCAACUGGAAGAACUUCCAGAGACCUCGGCCUGGAGCGAUCGGGAGCAUACGUGCCGGCUGUCUGGAUGAGAGCAUGCUGGGAUUCGGCUACCCCAAAUUCAUCUCGCAGGAGCAGAUGAAGCAAAGAAACUACAUCAGAGACAACGCAAUCUUCAUCAAAGCUUCUAUAGACGUGGUGCAGAAAAUAAUCAACUGAGCUGAACAUGAGUCGAAACCAACGAGUAAAAAAAAUCGUCCUUUUUUAUUAUUAAGGCAUGACUAUAUAUGGUCGCCGUUUGUUCACUCUCCAUAUUUUACUCUUUAAAUAAAAAGAGAAAUAAUUAAUAUGUGGACAUCGACAAGAAUAGACUUGAGUUAGCAGGACAGGGAAACGGUUCCGUCUCAGUACGGACGUUCUUAUCCGAUUUACAUAAGAGGGUUUAGGGAUAAUAGGAUGGGUGUAGACAAACAGUAGGCUAAUUCAUUUUUUACAGUUUAAUCAUCCUGUUAGAUUUGAAAUUGUCUCUGCAUUAAUAUACGGGGAAGAAAAAUGUGAUGUGUCGUAAUAAUCCUAAGUGAAAAUCCUAAUCAAGGGAAAGUAUUCGAAGUAAGAGUAAACAAAUCAUCAGCUGUACAAGAAACUGUUUUUAACGUGUAUAUGACUGACGACGUUCUGCAGCUGAGGAUUUUUGAAAACCACACUGACUGACCAAGUGAGCUGUUUGAAAAAGUGAACACCACCACCUCAAGAGGAUAGAAAAAAGUUUAUUAAACAUUAGCAGUGUUUAGCUAAGCCAUCUCAAUCAUGUUAAUCCAUGCAUGUUUUCUUUCUAGCUACAUUGUUAGCUAUCUAGCAAAAAGCUUCAUAUGCUACCCUAUAGGCCAUAGCAGCAGGUAGGUUAAACUUGUGACGUUUCUAAGUUUAUUACAGAACUCUAAUUCUGUAACAGAUCGCUUUAUAGAUGUUGUUAUUGAGUCACUCAGCUAGCUAAUGGCUUUCCACAGGUCAGAAGCUGUGAAAUGCUGAUAUCUCCGGGGGCUGAAUAAACCUCAAAUGAACAUACUGUGAUUUAUUUUACUUUUAUAUACACGAAGUAUCAUUUGUAAUAGUUCCUUAUGUUUAUGAAUGAAGAUUCUCCACAAGAGAGCGCUAUUAACACUCAGUUUACGCAGGUUGAGUAUCAUUGGAAGAAAGAAAAGCAAGUAGAACCACCCAAAUUUUUAACUCAGAUUUACACACUACAGCUACAUUCAUAAGGAUAUUGUACUGUGUUGUUCUGUAGCUCUAAAGAUCAAAUUAGCCGUUCGCUCGUUAGAUUGCAGCGUGUCCCACUUUUCCUGUUACAGUAGUAUAAAAAUCAGGAUCUUUGGAACUCUUACUGGUGUAACAGCGGCAGUGGUGAAGUGUUAAAAAUGGUUUUAUAUUGUUUCAAAUGCAGUUUGUGUCACGAUUUUACAGCAAGAGGAGUGUAUUCCACAUGUGCUAAGAAAACACAAUUGUCUCUUGGACAUAAUAAAAACUCAGUCAUAUCUCUUGAG